AUGCCAGAUCCACCCACCACCCACGCGCAGCCACCAAAGCUAAAGCCAAAGCCGAAGCCGAAGCCCCAGCGGCGCAUCCCACGGACCGGCCCCGCCUGCGGUAUCCGACGCAACAGCAACAGCAGCACACGCAGGCUUGUGCGUCCAAGGACGACAUUGUCGUGGGCGGCGGUGGCAGCGGAUAUAGAGGAGUUUAUCGUGCUGGGGUGCGAGCGGCGCGGGACUGCGGGGAGGAGCGGCGGCGGUGUGGAGGAGCUUGAGAGGGGGGUGAGGGGGCUAGAUUUCAGACCGGCGGAUCAUGAGGAAGAGGCCGUGGGAGUCGUUGUGGUAUGCAGGAUGCCAUGGAAGGUGUCGGAGUAUGAGAGGGUGCUGGCGCAGAGGGGGUAUAGGCUGUUUGAGCGGUAUGUGGUUGGUGCGAGGAUGGCGGGGGAUUUGGCGGUGCUUAAUUUUAAGUCCCCACUCGCCGUAUUUACUGGCGACAAGGAUAAAUACGGGGACCACGAGUGGUUUCUACUAUUUUUGAAUGGCGAGGGCGAAGCCGUGGAGUAUGGCGGUGUCAGUGGCAGGUCACAGAACCUGGGGAGAGACUUUGAGAUGGGCUGCUUGGAGUUCUAG